AUGCAGGGAGGGGAAGAGCUAAGCUUGGAGGAGCUCACCUCCAAUCUCUCAACAUACAAAGACCAGCUUCGUCAGGUUGUCUUGUCCCCUAGUCUCCCGCCGUUUUUCUUCUGCAAUUAUUGUCUCCUCUUUUCUAGGGUUUUUUGCCGUGAAUGUGUUCGCUGAGCGUGAUCUCAUUUCUCUGGAGUUUUACUUGAGCUCUACCUGUUUAUUUAUUUGCUACUGGUAUUUGAUUCGGUGGGUUGGUUCAUGUGCAACGUGCGGGUAAUUUAGGUGCUCCAAUAAGAGGUUGGAGAUAUUUUACUUGUGUUGUUUGUAGCCUUCAAAUGUUCGCCUGUAGAUGGGAGGAUCUGUUACCGGAAUUAGGGUUUCCCCGAUGGUGUUUAUUGGGUGAUUUGCACUAGUUCCGGAAAUACCGACGAAAGUUCGUAUAUCCAUGAUUUUUACGUUCUCUACGACAUCUGUUUUUGAAUGGGGAGAAUGUUCAGGGACCUGUGUGAGCCCCUUGAUGCAUUUAAACGAGUCUCUUAAAUGUCUUUUCGGAAAAAAAACUUUUCGGAAUGAAGAUGGGGAAAUAAAGAGAUGUACUGAAGCCAGUGAUCUUUUACUUAAAAAGAUAAUUUUCGAAACUUUGAAAUUGGACGAAAUCGUUGGAAACCUACUGAAAUUUCUUCGAUUCGACCGCGUCAGUCGUUAUCACGGUGUUCCUUCACAAUAGAUAAAUUCUACCCGCAAAUCCGAUUUUACUUGUCCUGAUAUAUGCUGGGUCAAUAGCCCAAUUCCCACUCGAAUACAUGGGCGUGAAUUUUCUUUCUCAUUCUUCAACUUUUUCGUGGUGUCACUGAAAGAGGAGGACGAGAUGGAUAGCUUAUUCAACAAUUCUUGGCCUCUACAUUGCUUCGUUUUCGUUAUUAUUCAUUAAUUUUACAAAGGUUUCUCCCUUCUCUUUAAUUUAGUUCGUUUUCCAUUUUCACAAGGUCCCAUCUUUUACUCCUACGAUAUCUGAAGCGGUUUGGAAGGUUUUCAAACCUUUCCCUAUCUUUUUUCUCCCAUGGGAUGUUGGAAGUUGAGAUUUGAUGAAAUUUAAAGCUAAUUUAUGAACGUGUUAUCUAGGUUUUGAAUUUCACGUGCUACAGGGCAUAUGGGCCUUUAUGUUCUUUGAAUUUAUAUCGCAUUCCUGAGGUUCUCUUUUUGGCAAUAAGUUUUCAGCAUAGUAAAUCAAUAUCCCUACAUAGAACUACUCAUUUCUGCCAAAUUUAAGCUACUUUUUCCUCUUGCUUGUUCGUUUCUUUAUAGAUAAUGAAUUCCAUCCAUGAUUCUUUCUGAAAUCCAACAAUUAAUGGAUACAUCGCCCCUUUUUUCCCCUCGAGGACAUGCAUACUUGGAGUCAUAGACAUUAGAAGGAUUUAGUGAGGCAUAAAAACUCAGGAUCUUAAAUAUUACCAUCCUUUCCAUUGCGGAGCAUCACUUAUACAUCUGAUGUUUUGACACUUCUUUUGAUCUGUUGUCCUGACUGGUGUCAGUCUUCCAUGAAACGAUGCUAAUUAUUUGGCUAAGAUAGCUUUGGAUGAAGAAAACGCCUCACAAGCUCCUCAAGCAAGCUAGUGUCUGUAGACAAUAGUUAUUUAGCUUGCAUAUUAUGCUAAUGAGAGCAGGUAGCGCCGAGGAGAACCAUUUAUCCCAAAUAUAAUUAGUUUAACCACUAUGACUCCUUGUGGCCCAUGGUUAUUUCUUGUUGCUUUCGUAUUUUUAACUUAUUGGCAAUGCUGUUAUUUUUAUUAUAAUUAUUUUCUAAAUGUGGUUACUUACUUGCGAAUCAGGUUAAAAAACUUUUAUCUGAUGACCCUGGAAAUUCUGAAUAUGCUGACAUGGAGAAAGAGCUUGAAGAGGUGAGCAUUACCUUAUUUCAUUGUCCUUAAGUAGCUUACUUUUAUAAUAAAUGUGCUGGCCUUUGAUGAAUCUAAUGUUAAACUUUGAAUAUUUGAUGUAUAGACAUCAACAUCUUUGGUUUAGUCAUUAUAUUAUAAUUUAUAUGGUAUUUAGUCAUCAGAAUCCCAUAUUUUCGCAGUGGUUUUUCUGCAGCCACCAAAUGUUUCCAAGCAGGGUAGCAUUAUUUGUCUACAAAAGGCAAGGGAAGUUUCAUGGAGAUUUUUGUUUUAUUUAUAAUGGAAAAGGUGAGAUGGGUACUUCUUUUUGAGGACAGCUCCUACUAAAAUAUAGAGCUGUUGCUAUGAAAAAUUAAAGAGCAGCAUCUAAAAAUGUGGAUUUUUCGAGAUGCCCAUCACCCUUUAUCUUGGUUCUUUUGUAGGUGCUGUGUCGCGAUGGAACCUUCCUGCUCUCUUCUGAUUUCAGAUGUUCACGCUGAGAUUCUAAGUUUGAAAUUUUAAUCUAGUUGGGGAUUUUCAACAGUGGCUACAUGGUGAUUAAAUAUGUUAUUUGACCAUGGUGAUCAAACUAUUGAACAUGCAGGUCAUUACCUUGACUGAGGAACUCUUAGCAGCUGCUAAGCAAGGUGAAUUUCCUGCACUUCCAAUCAAAUCAGAUGAUGAAGCAUCUCCAAGCCAGCUUCACUCUAGUGCAUCUAAGUUGGAACAAGUGAGUGAUCUUAGGCUACAUAUCAAAACUGCUUAUGGUUUUUACCUAUCCUUUCGGAUUUGUGCGAAGUUGACCUUCCAGGUUUUUGAUUGCACAGAAGAUCCAAGAUGAAUUAUCUUUGGGUAUCUUAUCUGGAGAACUGUGUAAAAGACUUCCUUUAGACCCCUGGAGUUUAUCUUGGACGAUGAGAAUGUGUUUAUGGGUGCACUUUCACAUCUAAAACCUUUGUGUACGCCAGGAGUCUAUCUCGGGAUCCUGGCUUGUUAUCAACAUCAUGAUAAAGUCCAACUAGUACUGAUAGUACCAGAGAGGGUUGAAUUAUACAAUGUUACAGCCUUCCAGUAUCACAUGAGUCAUAUUUAGGACAUCCCCCCUAUUGAGACGACACCUGGUCAUCCAGUCUUGGUCACAACAAUACUUAACCUACUCGAAUCCAUAAAUUGCCUCUGAAAUAAUGACUCAGGCAUGCUGAAUUUUUUUCUUUUUUCAGGGUUUAAGUUUGCAUUCCGAGGAUCAUGAGUUUUCUGUUGGGGCAAAAGUUCAAGCAGUUUGGAGUGAAGAUGGCGAAUGGUAUGCCCACGGGGAGUUAUUCUUAUUGAUUGAAUAUAUUAUUACGAUGAUUUUGUGUUUGACUAGUUGACUGCUUAAGGUACAAUGCGACAAUUGAAGCUCUGACUCCCAACGGAUACUAUGUAUGCUAUGAUGAAUGGGGCAAUAAAGAGGAGGUAUGUCUAUCUACACAUUGCAAUCGAUUUACAUUUUUAAAAUCUUUGUUCGAGCAUCAUCAAAUGACAUGUAAAUAGAAAUGCAAGAGACUGAUGUAUUCUUCCCUGAACCAAAGCCAUUCACGUAUGUUUUCAUCUCUGGCAUCGUUUGUUGGUAUCUGUUUGUUUAUUUAUUUUAUUUUUAGUAUGGAUAAUCAUUUAGAAAUAUUUGGCAAUAUUUAGGUGGAAAUCAUGACGUAUUUCGUUUGUAAAAAAAUCUCAGUACCCUCUCUAAGGUUUGUAUACCUACUAGGUUGAUCCCGCUAAUGUCAGACCAAUAGAAGGUGCUGUUGAUGCUUUGGGAGAAGCUGAAAGGGUAGCUGAAGCUACAAAACUAGCCAUCAAAAGGAAGAUUGCACAAGCAGCUGAUGCUGAAUUCAAUUCUCGCACUAUCCCAGCAAAGUUGCAGAUAAAUCCUGAUGACCCGGAAGAUGUGGUAAGUACCUCUUCAAGCAUUCUCUGCCAAGCUGUUGGAAAGUUUACAAGAUUAUUUACAAAGUCAAUGAUGGUAUACAUACUUAUAUCAAGCAAUUCGGUGUAAUUUGACUUCAGAUUGGUUGUCUAUGUUCUCAUGGCCAGGCAAAUCUUUUGGUUUGCCUGUCCUCUGCCUAUCAGUUCUGUAUCAGUAGUUGCUCUGCCAUUUAGUAUUCGUAUUCUAGUCUAUCACGAGAUACACUGGUUACAUAGUCGCAGGAUAAGGGAGGAGUUCAAGUUCAUUGGACACUAGUCUUCCAGUACUACUAGUGUCUCUGUAAUUUGCGCUUAUCUUAUUUGGAAUUCUAGCUUAGCGCUCAGUGAGGCAAAAUAGUUCAUAAGACUGUCACCAGUCCAGGUUAGGGAUAUGAGUCUCCAAAAUCUACCUCAAGAUAAGUCUUCACGCGUAGGGUUCGUCUUCCUUCACAUGAUAUAUGCAGUAGGUUAAUGCCAGUUUGCAUUUUUAUUGUAUACUCGAUCAUUUCAUUUUGGAGGGACCCUAAUUUUGCUUUGUUUACUUCGAACACCUGUAGAAAACUGCGAAACGCAAGAAGAUACACGCAUUUAAGUCGAAAGUUCGGUUUGAGCAGUUAGAGGUGGUACAGAAUAAGCGUCAGAACGCCUGGCAACAGUUCCAAACAUCAAAAGGACAAUCCAAGAAAGUAAGUUUUCUCUUUUUGCUCCAUAUGACCAGCUGGUUUCCGCACUUUGUAUUUAGUAGUCAAAUGUUUCCAAUUGGUUCUACAGAUUUAUCAUUAAAUUUAUCUUAACUCUGGAACCUGUAUACUAUUUGGCAUCAGUGUCAUGCAUCUUGGAGAUUUCGUUAUACAUUCUAUUAGCUUCAGGUACCAUUUGCAAGUUUUAGGGUAGCUCCCGUUUUGAAGUAUGGGUUUUGGUUAAAAAAUUAAAGGAAAUGAUUCAUGUUACUUGUCAAUCAGCAUAGUUUUUUUUUUCUGAUCAAUUAAAAAAAAGUGGAACAUUUCUGCAACCACUUAGUUUUGCCUAGAUUGCACUUCCAACAGUUUGCAUUGGUAUGGUCACAUAAUAAAGCUGUUGACAUUUAUGCAUCUGGAAUCAAUGAUAUCUGCAUAUCGAUUCCUUGUCCGCCUCGGAAGGAAUCAAUGAUCUCUGCAAUUUUGGAAGAAAUUUAGUUGAUGAAUGUGUGAUGUUUCCGGGCUUAAGGAGGGUCAGUACAAGGAAUGUAAUAACGUCAUAUCUUGAAUCUGUGAUAAAGAUAUGAAACAGUAAGAGACGGUAUAAAUCUCUUGUGGGGUUUCAUGAAAAGGCCGAGGUGCCUAUUUUCUUGUUUUUUUCCAGUGUCUUAAGAGGGAAUGCUGGGAUAUUCUUCUACAUGAACCCUAGAUUAUAGAAGCUUAGUAUUUCUUUUUGGUAUGAAUGGCUUUCUGAGGUUUGUAGCAAUAUGACUCCCUGAUUAAGUUAACCUGUAUAAAACCAAUUUUUUUAAUUCAAGGAACAAUGCAUGAGUACUGGUAUUUAAAAAAAGGGAAAAAGUUGAGACCCAUGUUAAGUAAGGGUUUAAAAUAUACGAAAAAUAUAUCGAACCCCUGGCCUCAAAUCUUAUCUGUAUUGACUCCUUUCAUUUGGCCAAUGAGAGGGGCUGUACCUCAAGGGAGAGUGUCUCUCUCUUUCAUUGUGCUGUUUGAUCUCUCUCUCUCUCUCUAUAUAUAUAUAUAUAUAUGUAUAUAUAUAUGUAUAUCUCUCUCUCUCUCUCUCUCUAUAUAUAUAUAUAUAUAUAUAUAUAUAUGUUUGUUGGAACUUGUUUCGAUUAUGCUCAAUGUAACGAUGGAGGGCAUUCCGUUUUAUCAGUUGGGAUCUCUCCCUGGUUUCUCAUCUUUCCUCGUCCGUGCAGGUUGGUUUCUUCACAGGUCGAAAACGGGAGAGCAUCUUCAAGUCCCCGGACGAUCCAAAGGGUAAGGUGGGCGUCACAGGCAGUGGGAAAGGGUUGACCGAUUUCCAGAAAAGGGAGAAGCACUUGCACCUGAAGGGAGCGAAUGGCGAAGGGGAGGAGUAG